AUCCGUUUCCCGGGAAACCUCGCCUCCUGCUCCGCGUCCCCCCAAGCCUCCACUCCCCUCGUCAAAACCGCCGCGUACGCGAGCGGCGACGACAAAGUGGCCUUCCGUCCCGUCCGUCCUCCCGUCGUCUUCGCUCCCACUCCUCCUCGGCUCCUCCUCCACCAGUCCACCACCGCUUCCUCUCCUGCUGCUCUCGCUGUUGGGCGAGACGUCCUAGUCACGAGCGACUUCGAGGCUUGGAGGCGAGAUUGAUUGAUUGAUAGGACUCGGAGGCUUGUGCAGAAUUACUAGCGGAGCGGCCAGCAGCGCGGUGCUGGUGUAGCCGCCGCUGCUUUGUUUGCGAUCCUGCAGCGGAGAUGGGCCAGGACCUCGUCGAGAUCCACCCGCGCGAGCUCCAGUUCACCUAGUAGCUCUCCUUUGGACUACUACUACCACGUUUGGGGAUCGUGUUGGGAGCUUGAGAUGUAUUCGAUGGAGUGAUAGCGAAGUUAAACCCCUGUUGAGGUGAAGAAACAAAGUUCAUGUGCUGUCGAUCUAGUCAACAAGUCCAAUGAAUUUGUUGCUUUCAAGGUUAAAACAACAUCUCCUAAAAGAUAUUGUGUUCGACCAAAUACUGGAGUUAUCCGUCCAAGGGAGUCAUGUUAUUUCACAGUUAUCAUGCAAGCGCUGCGUACCGCUCCACCAGACAUGCAAUUGAAAGACAAGUUUUUGGUGCAGACCACAGUUGUUCCUUAUGGUACAUCAGAUGGGGGCCUCAUUCCUGCUUUUUUCUCCAAAGAAAGUGGCAGAUACAUUGAGGAAAGUAAAUUGAGAGUUGUCCUUGUUAGUGCAUCCCAUCCUCUUGAAGUGCAACCGAUUAAUGGAGUUCAGAACACCGAGGCUGCUGUUGAAGUUCCUGUACUAAAAGAGACGCCGAAUAUAGAGAAUGAAGUGCUGGUUGUUGCGAAAGAAGUUCCUUCCCCUCUGGAACAAACUCCAGUAAUUUUGACUGAAACACCUUCGCCUGUCAAAGAGACUCUAGCCCUGAGAGAAGCUCCUGUGCCCGUCAAAGAGACUCCAGGACUGCGAGAAGUUCUUGUGCCACUGAACGAAGCACCAGCUGUUUUGACAGAAUUUCCUUCCCCUGAAAAAGAUGCCCCUGACGUUACGAUUGAACAUGCCCCUGUGAUUACGAUUGAAUCUGUUCCUCCUUUGAAACAAAACACUGCAGCUUUUAAGGAGUCUCCUCUGGAGGGAACUCCUCCUGAAGAAGCUAUUAUGCUAAGUGAUCGAGGACUUUUCAAUGUGCAGAAGCAUCAAUUAUCUCAUGUAACAGAAGAUGUUCAGAAUCUGAAGUCAAAGCUCAACAAUAUUGAGUCAAAAUUGGAAGAGGCUGAAAAGAUGAUAACAAAGCUAAGAGAAGAGAGUAGAACUACCACCCAGGAGCGAGAUAAGUUACAGCAAGAAAUGGUAUUUCUAAGAAAGAAGGGAGCCCCCAGGAACCAAGUGGGUUUCCCCUUGCUGUUUGUGGUGUACGUGGCCCUUCUUGGUACGUCGCUCGGUUACCUGCUGCGACUAUGAGCUCCUUAUGUGCAAAAUUCAGCAGCUGGGAUGUUUCAGUUUGUGGCAAGAGUUGAAGGGCAGUCGCACUUUGGAAUCUUUGGAGAGGAGCAUUUCUUAGCAGAAUUAGUUCAGAUGGUUUUGCAUAUAGCAGGGGUACCGAACUACCAGAUGCCUGUAUGUAUAGAACAGUUCUUUUACAUUGUAUAGAACCCAUCCAAAAGACGCCUGGUACCCUGUAGUAGACUAACAUGAGAUUCUUCCUUUUGCCCAAGUUUUUGCAUUUUGUUGGA